GAGAAAUAAUACCCACUUCACAUUUGAGCUUUUAUGGCUUUCAAUUCACAUAAUCACAUUUCUCUGCAAAUUUGUGACCCUUCUAUUGCAUGGAAUAACCAUUUCAAAGAUAUUUUAUUGGUUGAGGAGAUGUUAAUUUGCAGCCUGCCUCGCACACUCUCACACUGAGAUGUUAAGAUUGGCACCCUCACAUCAAGGCGAGCAGAGUGUGGCGGCUGAUCCUUCCUGUCCACUCUUUUUCUUCCCAGACUUCAAGCUGGUUUAUUAUCCACACCACACUUCAUAGACACACUUCUUCACACACUAGAGCAACUGGUUUGUUUCUGUAGACGAAAAGGGGAAUGUUAGCUGCUUAUAUGGUAGACCCCCAGGCCUCCCGCUCGGAUCUCCACUCCCAGACGCUCCUCAGGCUGGAUGUGGGCUCCAUGGCGCAGGCCUCCUCGUUCUUCCUCUCCCCGCCCCCCUCUGGCUCCCCAGUGGGGGUCACCAUCAGCAGCUCCCUGGACCUUGGCACGCUGAGCUUCGCUGAGCUGGACGACCCUGCCGGCACCUCCCUUUACCCAGAUGUGGGGCUGGCUGAUAUCCUAAUGGAUUGCGGCUUGGGCCCUGCCCAGUCGAGCACCGACCCCCUUUUUUCCAUAUCACCUGGGGCGUCGGAGAACAGCAGCAGGAGAAACAGCUUCAGCAUGGAGGAGGACUUGUGACAGAAACUUGGUGUAGUAGCUGAGACAGACUCUCUCUCUCUCUCUGUGUGUGUGCGUGUGUGCGUGUGUGUGUACUGUGGUAUGUAUGCUUAUUAUGUCCAUGUCUAACGGAGGUUGCAUGUUUUUAAAUUUUCUUGUGGUGAGAUCGCCUUUUCAGUACCUCUCCACAGCUUAAAUCUUCCCAAUGGUAUAGUCAUACUUCACU